AUGUCGAAGCCAGGAAUGCGGGAAGCCAUGCGCGCACGAAUGCUAAGGGAUGACGUGGCGAAUGCGGAGGAAGACAUGAAAAGCCUCAAAGACGAAAUCAGCGAUGACGACAUUACCAAGCCUGAUUACUCUAGAGUCACCGCGACCACGAACCAGAAGGACGCGAAGGGCGCAGCAACGAAUGAAGAGGAAGAAGGCGCGGCCGCGGUCAUGCCUGGCACGGUGAAUGAGGAUGAGGAUGAUGUCGCAGAUAACAUGGGCAUCGAGCCCGGCGUCGUACAAAAACAUUUGAAGCGUGUGAGAAGAUUAUCAAGGCGCGUCAAGCAGCCGUUAGCACUGAACCUGGCCUGUCCUAGGAAACCCGUUCAAGAGCUGAUCAAACACUAA